AUGGAUGAAGAAAAAGAAAGUGUCGUGAGGUGCAAUGCCGUGAAUGGUGAUGAUGUUAAUCUUGAUGAUGUAAAAUAUGAAGAAAGCAGCAGCUUAAAGGAAAUUGGUAAGGAAGGUGAAAAAGAUCUACAAAAUCAUUAUGAAUCUCAAGAAGCAAUCCUUGAUGGAGAAGAAAAUUUGAAGCUAUUAAUUACAGACCUCCCAAUGGAAGUUAUUGUUCAUAUAUAUGAUUUUCUUCCACUUUCAUCUCGAUAUAAUGCAUCAAUGGCUUGUCAUAUUUUGUAUGAAGCCUUCAACCAUCCAAAACUUUGGCAUGCACAAAGGUUAAUGAUAAAUGGAGAUGUGAUUAAUUAUGGAUCAACAUAUUUUGGAAACUGUACCAGAACUGUACCAAACAAAACAAAGCAUCUGAUAGCAAAGUUUGGUAAAUAUUUUCAGUUAUUGACAAUUCAGGUAUAUGGCCAUCUAGGGAAGUUACAAGAAUGGUCUUCAGUAUUAUUAGAACUCAGUCAACAAUGCAGACUUGAAAAGCUCACUUUGGUGGUUGGCAAGAUGACAACCGAAUCAGAUCUUUUAGGAAGACCCCCGAAAAAAAAAGACAUGGAUAUACUUUUAUCAUUUAUCCAGAAUGCUUUUCGAAUAAAACAUUUAGAUAUCAAAAGUUGGCCACUCUUUCCAGAGACGAUGUUUCUAGAUGAUCAAAACAUAUUCAAAGCCUUGAUGAAGAAUACUAAACUGAAAGAACUAGAACAACUUGAUCUGUUCUGGCCGUAUACCAAUCUGAUGUGGUCAGAGCGUCAACCAAUUCUACCAGACAGCAAUAUGGUCCUAGAACUCAUAAAAUACCUUGGAAACCUUAAGAAAUUAGGACUAAGGUCAACAAUGUUGUCUGAUGCUCUGCUUGAAGCGUUGGCAUUUUCAGGAAGAUCUAGCAGAAUUAGUUUAAUAAGAAUAUUUGUCACAUAUGCCAAGGGAAAGCCAGAAUAUCAGAUUCCAAACAUCAAGUCGUUGUCAUGGAAACGCCUUACUGACAUCAAUCCAGAUUUCCAUGUUGAAUGUCAUGUGAUGCCACGAUUACCAUCAAUAGAGUUAGGCAACAUGCUGACUCUGGACUGUCCACUUUCAAAGAUAAUGUUUCUUCAAUGGUCCAGAAUUGAUGAUCAACUUAUUGAGUCAAUUGUUAACAAGUUCAAUCAAACUCUGAAAACAUUCGAAGUCUACUGUGAUUUCAAAGACUACGAUGAUACAUUGAUCAAGAUGGUGGCAGAAUGUAAAUUUUUAGAAAAUUUAGUCAUAAGAUCCUGCUCAACACAUUGCGUAAAUGUUGAAACUAUAAAAAAAUUAGCUUUCUGGCGAGGUACAAGAUGGGUAACUUUUCAAUUUGAUGAGAAAAAUAUUUCUUUCGUUGACAAACCACACAGCAUUGAAGAAGACACUGUUGUUGCUCAAAAUGAAAAUGGCGAAUACUUUUUGGUAGGCAUGCAUCAGUUCCAUGCUGAGCCAGAGGGAAAGGAAAGGAGUAUGAAAUGCCAGGAGUUGAAAGAUAGCCUAGCAGUGAUACUUGGUCAGAAGUUUAUAAGUAGAAACAAAGCUAUUAUUAUAGACAGAAAUUCAACAGUGUAGCAAACUUGAAAAUCAAAAAUUGUAGUUUAGGAACACUCAUUUAUUACUAAGCAAGAGGGUCUGGAUUGGGUUAACAAAAUAGAGAAUAAUGGGCUAAUAUUAUAUAAAAAUGGGCCAAAAAACUAAACCAUUAGAUAAAAAUGGAGUGCUAAAGUAUGUACCGGUAGAAGAGGGAAUAUUUUCUCUUUUCUAUAUAAUUUUUGCACAUUAAAUAUGCCAAAAUUAUAUAGAUAAGAGAAACAAUGGUUUAAAAAAAUAAAGAAUACAGCAUUAAAGGACCCCCAUUCAGACCUUCAUGCAAAAAAGGGAUUGUUGUUUUAUCAUGUAUAUUUAAUUUGCAAGCGAUCAUUUCAAAAUUCAUUUGAUGUUCUCUGUGAUUCUCAUGAUGCUAGUCCCUCUAUCUGCUUUAAAUUUCACAAUAUUUUAAACAGCUUGGCCAUAAGUUGACCAGAAUGUUCAAAACUCCUUAGUAAUAAUUUUUGGUACAUUUUUACAUGUAUGCAUAUAAAAUCUAAAAUAACACCUAAGUAAAAAUGGCUGUAAAGAGUUAAAAUGAUCUGCAAUACAUGAUCUCCACACAUGUCUGUACAAUUUAGACUAAGCCAUCAACUGACUCUGUACGUAUGUAUCACUGAUAAAUGGCUUUUUGAUUUUUGACAUUUAAGCGUUUUUGCUUUUUAUCUUGAUUAUGAAAAUUAAUUGAUAGAAUUGCUGUCUGAAAGGAGUUAUCACCCUUAAAUACAUGUAUUCUUCACAAAAGUUAUCCUGCUUUUGAGGUAGAGAAAUUUUACUAUAUGAUUUUGAAGAACAAUUAUUUAAUUGUAACACACUCAACAUGCUGAAAGAGCUGUAAUUUUGAAAAUAAGUAAUUUGUAUUGAGAAUUUUUUUAUGCCCCUGCUGUAGCGGAGGGGGCAUUAAGUUUUACCCUUGUCCGUCAGUACGUACGUCCCAAAAUUGGUUUCCGUUCUCUAACUUUAGUUUGUCUCAACCAAAUGUUAUGAAACUUAUACACAAUUUUGGUGGCGUCACUUGAACCAUUCUAGAGUUAUGCCCCUUUAGAAAUGGAAAAAUUGCUAAAUUUUUAUUUUCUUCUAAAUAUCAAGUUAUUUUUAAAAUUGGAGUUAUCUUUCUUUUUCCAUGAUUAUUGUUGAAUCAACUACAAUCAAUGCUUUAUACAAUGCAAUGUUUAAUUUUGACUUCCACCGAUAAAACACAGAUCAAGUUGAAUUUGGGUAGUGUCACUUUAACCAUUAUUGAGUUAUGCCCCCUUAUAAAUCGAAAGGUUGCAAAAUUUUAAGUUUCCAUUCUGUAACUUAAGUUUGCCCCAACCAAACAUUAUGAAACCUAUACACAAUAUUCAUUACCACAAAACUAAGAUCAAGUACAAAUUUUUUGUUUCCGUUUUCUAACUUUAGUUUGCCUCAACCAAAUGUUAUUAAACUUAUACACAAUGCUUAUUACUACAUAAUACAGAUAAGUACGAAAUUUGGUGGCAACACUUUUACCAUUCUUGAGUUAUGUCCCUUUGUAAACAUAAAAAUUGCUGAAUUUUUGUUUCCGUUCUCUAACUUUAGUUUGUCUCAACCAAAUGUUAUAAAACUUAUACACAACCGUUCUAGAGUUAUGCGUGUUUACAAAUAGAAAAAUUGCUGAAUUUUUAGUUUCUGUUCUCUGCUUAAGUUAGCCUCAACCAAAUGUUAUGAGACUUACACACAGUGCUUAUUACCACAAAACUCAGAUCAAGUUCAAAUUUGGGUAGCGUCACUUUUACCGUUCUUCAGUUAUGUCCCUUUAUAACUAUAUGAUAUGCAAGCGUGGGCAUCGUCUGUGUCCACAUGUGGACACUAUCCACAUUUAUUUUAUUUUAUAACCAGUGACAAGAAUUAUCAAGAUGGCAUAUUUUUCUGUUAAUCUAAAAUUUAAGUCACCCCCUACAAUAUUUAAGAAUUUUUGAAUAAAAUAAUGUUAAAAUGUUUCUUUUUAGCCUUAAAGGUCUUUAUAAUUUACUGAACGAUCCUUUGGCUUCAAAUGGGCAUUGUACAUGUAAGAAUGAUGCCACUUAUUUCCCAUAUAAAUGUACCUAUUUCUAACUUUGAAUAAUUAUAAAAUAACACUUGGGUGAGUCAAAAAAGUGACUCUUAGAAGUAAUGUUGCAGACAAUGAAAUAUGGGAAUUGGAUUUUCUUGCUCAAUUUUUCAUUUAGGGCAGACCAAGUGGAUAAAUGAUAUUUUUGGGGGACAAAAAUACAGGUGGUGCUUCCACAAUAUAGCACUUGAUGCAUAUAUAUAUAGGGGGUGGAUCCAGAUUUGUUUUCAAGGGAGGGCAUAAUUCCUGAUAAUAGAAGAUUUUUAUCGGAGGGAAUCUCUGAAAAAUUCUUUUUGUAUGUUUUUUAACUAACAAAAUAAUAUAUGUCAUGAUAAACAUGUUAAUAUUUUUAACUUGUUGGCAAUCAAUUGGGCGUAAAUCCUUUUAACCCCCACCCCGAUCUACCUUUUUUUGCUACAAGCUUUUUGAUAAGAAGGUUUGUUCCCUCCGUUUUGUGGAAUGAAACUUAUAUCGUGUGCAGGUUCUACAAAGUUCACUUAUUUUAUUUUAAAUCAUAAAGUGAUUUUACAAGUUUCAAAAUCAGAA